AUGGGCCACGAGAAUCGGAUCGAGCAGCUCGAGGGCUUGCACAACAUCCAGACGAACGGCGACUUUUACGAGAAGUUGGCUUCUGGCAAGAUCGCAACCAGUCCGUCUGCUGCGUCUUCGCUCGCCAAUGGCUCGGUGACCACCCAGCCGUACUACAUUCCUGUGCCCAUCACCAUCAAGGCGCAGCUCGGAAGUCCAACUGCCUUGGCCAUUGGAGCCUUCUCGACAACCUUGACGACCCUCUCCUUGGCGCUCAUGGGAUGGCGCGGUGUCAGCGUGACCAAUGCCUUCAUUGGUGAUUUCUUCGGUGUUGCUGGUAUUGGCAUGUUCGUCUCUGCAAACUGGGAGCUUGUACUCGGCAAUACCUACGCAUAUACUGUUCUGGCUGCCUUCGGUCUCUUCUACGCUGGAUUCGGCUUCAUCGUGACACCUUCGUUCGGUGUGGCAGACGCGUAUGGGGGUGUCGAUAGCCCGCAGUACAACAACGCCGUCGGAUUCUUUGUGCUCAUGUGGGCGGUGUGGAACCUCUUCUUCCUGCUGGGCUCGCUCCCGCUGAACCUCAUCUACAUCGGCAUCUUCUUCACCGUCCAGAUGGCCUUCACGCUCGUCGCAGCCGGGUACUUCCUCAAGGCCGACGGCCUGACCGAGACUGCGACCGCUGUGAAUAAAGCAGGAGGGGCGUUUGCGUUCGCGAGUGGAAUGUUUGGGUAUUACACGGUUGCGAACCUAAUGUGUCAGGAGUCGAUGCGGUUCAGCUUCCCCAUGGGCGAUACCAGCCGGUUCUUCCAGAGGAAAGCGAAGAGCUCGUGA